AUGCUUUCAAAUCCCAUCAACCUGCCCAAGUGGCUCGAAGAGAACUCUCACCUGCUGAAGCCCCCCAUCAACAACUACUGCGUCUACAACGACGACUUCACCGUCAUGAUCGUCGGCGGCCCCAACGCCCGCACCGACUACCACAUCAACACGACGCCCGAGUGGUUCUACCAGUACAAGGGCGCCAUGACCCUCAAGGUCGUCGAUCCGGCCGACGGCGCCUUCAAGGACAUCGUCAUCCGCGAGGGCGACAUGUUCCUGCUGCCCGCCAACACGCCGCACAACCCCGUCCGCUUCGCCGACACGGUCGGCGUCGUGCUCGAGCAGCGCCGGCCGCCGGGGCGCCUCGACCGCAUGCGCUGGUACUGCGACGGCUGCCGGGCCGUCGUGCACGAGGCGGCCUUCCACUGCACGGACCUGGGCACGCAGAUCAAGGCGGCCGUCAACGAGUUCAAGGCGAGCGAGGAGAAGAGGAGAUGCGGCGCGUGCGGGACCAUGGCUGAGGCGGCGCCGCGGCCGGGGAGCAUUCGGGACCCGAACCUGGAGUAA